ACCGGCUGGAAGACGGUGGCAGUCAAAAUGCGGUCUUGUGUGUUUUCAGUUUUGCUUUUGAACGUUUAUUACACAUUUGUUUCCUCGCUGUACUUUCACAUCGGGGAGACUGAGAAGAAAUGCUUCAUAGAGGAAAUUCCGGAUGAAACGAUGAUCAUCGGAAACUAUCGUACACACUUGUACGACAAGCAGAAAGAAGAGUACCUACCUGCCACACAGGGUCUGGGGAUGUUUGUUGAGGUGAAAGACCCUGAUGAGAAGGUGAUCCUGUCUCGUCAGUACGGCUCGGAGGGAAGAUUCACCUUCACCUCUCACACCCCAGGAGAACAUCGGAUCUGCCUUCACUCCAACUCUUCCAAGUUUGCCCUCUUCGCUGGAGGAAUGCUUAGAGUUCACCUGGACAUCCAAGUGGGAGAGCACACCAAUAACUAUGCAGAGAUUGCAGCCAAAGACAAGCUGACAGAGCUGCAGCUGAGAGUGAGACAGCUGGUGGAGCAGGUGGACCAGAUCCAGAAGGAGCAGAACUAUCAGAGGUACCGUGAGGAGCGCUUCAGGCAGACCAGCGAGAGCACCAACCAGAGGGUUCUGUGGUGGUCCAUCGUUCAGACAUUGAUCCUUGUGGCCAUUGGCUUCUGGCAGAUGAGACACCUCAAAAGUUUCUUUGAGGCCAAGAAAUUAGUGUAAACCUGCACUCUCAUAUUGUUGUUUCUGAGUCUGGGUUGGGGAUCAAAUCAGUAAAUUCAGGAAGUUAACUUAAACACUAUUCUUGAAUUGAAAAUUCCCCCAUUGUUUUCUGAGGCAUUUUUCAUUAAUCAAUUCAAUUUGAAUGAACUUCCUGAAUUGAUAUGUGUAUUGAACACAACCCUGGUCUGAAUGCAGUACUUAAACAUCAGUGAGAAUGUGUGAUAUCUCCCAGAAGUAUGUGUACAGAUUGGUGAGGUUACCGUUCUAUCAGUGAAAACCCAGUUACUUUCUAUUUUGAGAGGGCUCUGCUUUUGGAUUUUUAAGACCCUUUUGUGACUUUGAUAUUCCCUUCUGUUUCUGUAAGAAUACGAUUUGCAAUUGGUUUUAUUUAUGAUCCUCUACUGUAUGCUAUAUGUUUUACAUUUGGCUGGGGGAAAAAUGAUAUUGUACUAUCGAUAUCAAACACGAUUUUGUACUAUUGAUGAUAUCAAACACGAUUUUGUACUAUUGAUGAUAUCAAACACGAUUUUGUACUAUUGAUGAUGUCGAACAUGGUUUUGUACUAUUGAUGAUAUAAAAACAUGGUUUUGUACUGUUGAUGAUAUCAAACAUUGUUAAAACCACUUCUGUAUUUUUUUCACCUCAUAAACCCCUUUCCCCCGACAACCCAUAAGAUAUUUCUGUAGCAUUGUUUGUGACUAGAAUACCUGUCAGUCAUAUUACAGGCUGCAUCUCUUCUCUCAGCAUAACAGGUGUGUUUUCAAACUGAUUAGACAUUGUUCUCACUCUACAUGCAUUGUAAUGGGGGUUUGUUACUGGCUGAUAGAGGGCACCUAUUUUGGUUUAGAGCCAUACAAAAGAAAUGGUGACUUGAUUUAUGAAACUUAUUUGGUCGUGUGUGCAUACUAAUCUUUACUUUUUUAUUUAGCUUCAAUUGAAUGUACGUUUCAACCCCUGAUGUAUUUAGUUGAUGGUCGUGGUCUGUGUGUUUAGAAACAAAGACAUCCAGAAUGUGCAGAAUUUUAAAUUGAAGAUCUUGAAAAUUGGGAACCUUCUCCUGUCUUGUUAACCAAUAUCCGUUUUCACAAAGCACCUCAGAUUAGAUGUGCUGAUCUAGUAUCUGCUGCCCCUUGUGAUUCAUUUUGAUUUAAAAGGAGAAACCGAUCCCAGAUCAGCACUUGUACUCUGAGACGCUUUCUGAAUAUGGGCUCUGUCUGUUUUAUUUGUAAAGCAGGAAAGUGAGAUAAGAAACAUGACAUUUUGGUUAAAGGUUGGUGCUAGAGUGUCUGAUGUUAAUAUGGUAGUUUCAGCGGAAACUUUGACAUACUAGCUAUGCAUUUGCUGAAGUACGAAAGCGGUUCACAGUUUUUCCCCUAACUUGCUGAAUACACUAAGAUGUUCCCUUAUCACAAUCUACUGGCUUGAUGGAGGUCAAGUGAACAUUGGUUGUUUUUUCAUCUGUACUGCAUAUCUAAGUGAACCUAGAGAGGUUCUGGUUUGUCCAUUUCCUUUCUGCAAAUACUCAGGUAGAGUUUUGAAGACACUGAUUUAAUUCAAUUUGAUUAAAUAAAGAAUUGCUGUCCAGGUUAACAGGUUUGCUCCAGUUCUCAUCAUGUACAUGGAGUUGAUUUGUGUGUAAACAUCAAUUGUACACUUGAAAAGUACUUAGCCAGAAAGCAGUCCUUGCUUCUUGUCACUCACAAAACAAUUUGAACUACACUGGAUCUUUUUUUGCAAAACAUAUUUUUGUUCAAUUAAUCUGUUUUUUUUGUUUCUCCUUAAUAAUUCCCCAAACUGUUCCUUAUUGAAUUAGUUCAUCAUUGGUGUAUUUAUAUGGUUAGAUACAGUAUCAGAAAUUUCGAGUAUGAUUUGAAUCAAUUGGUACUGGUUUGUUUUGGGUGGGGGGAUUUUAAUUUUAGAUUACGUAAAUGUGAAAACUUGAUUAAAUUGCACUGAAAAAUAAAGUUGUCACCAAUGGCUA